GCGCGCGCUUCAUUAGCAUAAAACAGUCCGGUAUCUGCACGAGUUGUGGGAACACAUUUGCAAACACAUCGAGUUAUAACGUGAUAUAAAACACCGCGAUAAACAUGAGCGACAACGAGAAACUGGACAACCAGCGACUGAAGAACUUCAAGAAUAAAGGACGCGAUCUGGAGACAAUGAGAAGACAGAGAACUGAAGUGGUAGUUGAACUCAGAAAGAAUAAACGAGACGAGCACCUGCUGAAGAGGAGAAACGUGCCACAUGAGGACAUCUGUGAUGAUUCUGAUGCUGAUGGAGAUUUCAGAAUGCAAAACACUUCUCUGGAAGCAAUAGUGCAAAAUGCGACCAGUGAUAAUCAGGGCAUUCAGCUGAGUGCUGUGCAGGCUGCACGGAAGCUGUUGUCGAGUGACCGCAACCCUCCGAUAGAUGACCUGAUCAAGUCUGGUAUUCUACCCAUCCUCGUGCACUGUCUGGACCGAGACGACAACCCAUCACUUCAGUUCGAGGCGGCCUGGGCUCUCACCAACAUUGCAUCAGGCACGUCUGAGCAGACGCAGGCGGUGGUGCAGUCAAAUGCUGUUCCUCUGUUCCUGCGUCUGCUGCAUUCUCCUCAUCAGAACGUGUGUGAGCAGGCCGUCUGGGCUUUAGGGAACAUUAUCGGUGAUGGUCCUCAGUGCAGAGAUUACGUCAUCAGUCUGGGUGUGGUCAAACCCCUGCUGUCCUUCAUCAGUCCCUCUAUACCCAUCACCUUCCUCCGCAACGUCACCUGGGUGAUGGUCAAUCUGUGCCGCCACAAGGACCCGCCACCACCCAUGGAGACCAUCCAGGAGAUUCUGCCGGCGCUGUGCGUGCUCAUUCACCACACUGAUGUCAAUAUUCUGGUGGAUACUGUUUGGGCUCUGUCCUAUCUCACCGACGCUGGGAAUGAACAGAUACAGAUGGUCAUUGACUCUGGAAUUGUGCCGUACCUCGUACCUUUACUCAGCCACCAGGAGGUCAAAGUGCAGACGGCAGCGCUGCGAGCAGUGGGGAAUAUUGUGACCGGAACUGAUGAACAGACUCAGGUGGUGCUGAACUGUGAUGCUCUGGGUCACUUCCCAGCGCUCCUCACACACCCCAAAGAGAAGAUUAACAAGGAAGCUGUGUGGUUCCUGUCCAACAUCACAGCAGGGAACCAGCAGCAGGUCCAGGCUGUUAUUGAUGCCAAUCUCGUGCCCAUGAUCGUUCUCCUGCUGGAUAAAGGUGACUUUGGCACUCAGAAGGAGGCGGCAUGGGCCAUCAGCAACCUGACCAUUAGUGGCAGAAAGGAUCAGGUGGCAUACCUGAUCCAGCAGCAGGUGAUUCCUCCCUUCUGUAAUCUGCUGACAGUGAAGGAUGCUCAGGUAGUGCAGGUGGUGCUGGACGGACUCAGUAAUAUUCUCAAGAUGGCUGAUGAAGAAGCAGAGACCAUCGCUAACCUCAUUGAGGAGUGCGGAGGUUUGGAGAAAAUCGAGCAGCUGCAGAAUCAUGAGAAUGAGGACAUCUAUAAACUGGCUUAUGAAAUAAUCGAUCAGUUCUUCUCAUCUGAUGAUAUUGACGAGGACUCAAACCUGGUUCCAGAGGCGAUCCAAGGAGGAACUUACGGGUUUAACUCCUCUACCAACGUGCCAGCAGAAGGGUUCCAGUUCUAGAAGGUGAAGCGACACGUGGAGUUUUGUUUGUGAUGCAGCACUCUGUUCAACAUUAAAAUAAUUAGAGAGAGAGCGCGAGAGAGUAUGAGAAAUAUUAGAUCUGUUGUGCUUGUCUGAUGGGAUCCACGGCUGCAUCUUAUCCAAGAGAAAUUGAGUGGAGUUCGUUUGGUAUUCUUACUGAAGCGGAUGUCCAAAUGACGUUUGAGAUGGCGAGCGAGUGGAUGUGAGUGAGUGAGUGGAUGACUACGUUUCAAAACACAACCAUCAAAACCGAACACGCUCAGAGCGAACUUCAUUAGAACUAUCUGGUGUGUGUCUUUUCAACAAAAACAAAAUCAAACCAAUGGGAAUAAAUGAAGAUAUCGCACAUUAGUAAUCUAACGCAAGAACAUUUAAGGAGAACCUCACCAAGAAUGACAACAGAAAAAACGCUUCUGUGGUGGCCCCAGCGGCACGACGUGUCCGGAUACGUGUGUUUUUGAGUGUGAUUUGUGUAUGAAUGGCCCCUGAACCGAUGGGCCCGAUGAUCUGACGUGCUGGCGAAUGGACAGUCCUCCCCCUGCACGCUGGCGGGGUCCCGCAGUCCAGCGGCACGUUAUUGUGAUGCAUGUGCACAAGUGAAUGGACGUAAUGGUGUGUGUGCUUGACUGACUGAUUGACUGACUGGCUGGUGAAAUGCAGGACUGAAUGUAACGGAAUGCAGCGAGUCGAUAUUGAAAAAUCAAACAAUGCAUCGAAGGUGACAAAUCUGGAAAUUCAACGGGGACAUACGGAAUCGACCGUAGACAAAUAUUCACCUUCGAUGGAAUGACAUGACAUCAAUGAUCUAAAAAAGACAAAUGUCAUUUACCCUUUUUUCUUUAUUUUUAAAGUAUGAUUUAGUAUUGAUGACACUGGACUGAGCUUUGGGAGCAGAGUUGCAUUGAAGAUCAAUCGCGUGGCUUUUUGGGACGUGCGUUUUGCCCCAGUGUGUUUUUCUUUCUUCCCCCGUGGUUUAGUGUUUGGCUUUUAUUUUUCAGUGCUGGUGUAAAAGCAUAUAAUACACAUUGUGCACUGUUUGCAGAAUCUUGGGCUGUUGUACAUUUAUGACCUUUACCACUCUACUUGCAUGAUACUUGCCCCUCUUUUCAUUUUCUGUUCUGGGAAGAAUUCAAAAUCCAUUUGCAUUCAUCUGUCACAUGAUCAUGGGGGGUAUUAGACAGACAGCCAUUUUAUGGAUGAGAGAUUUCAUACAUAUCCUUUGGAUGUGCUAAACUGCAGUUUAGUUCAUUUUAUUGGGUUUUAGUUUUGUACGUUUUAAGCUGCUUUUUUUUUUUUUUGAGAACCUACUGUGCUGUCUCAGAUUGUUUUUGCCCAUUUACACCCCUCAGAUCCAGAGUAGCUGUUUUAUUCCUAGUUCUGUUCAGUAUCGAGCUACAUUAAAGCGGUAAGAUGUCUUUGAUUUGAGACGUCUUUGAGUCUUCUAGCUGCCCGCAGACUGUGUGCAGUGCCUUCAUCGUAAAGCACGUACAGAUAACAGAAAGAACGUGCGGUUUCCACUGUAGGUCUGUGAUCCUUUUUGUUUCUUCAUUUUAGUUGACUGUAGAGCUUUCCUCAGUUUUGCAUAAUGUCUUGAUGGCUAUUAUUCUGUUUUAAUUUACACCAUCUCCCUUCCCCCCACACAGUUUGCAAAUAUGUAGUUUCAAAGAAGAAAAAACAAUAGAUGGUAUACCUAACCUGUUGGACAUAGACUACAGGCUCUGUACCAAUUCAAAUAAAUAUUCAAACGUG